GUAGUGAGCACAGCACAGAUAAUCCAGUGUUAUGAUUUUGUAACUCUGCGCUUAACUUCAAACUCAUAAUUUAAGUUGUAUAAUUCGGCUCUCGCGAGAGAUAACCAAUCGCUCACACUCUGAUUUCGCGUAAACGUAGUGAUUAGUACUGCAUAGUCUAGACUAGGUUAGAAGAAAGGAGAGGUUAUAAAUUAUAACGUGAAAUUACAAGUUUCAUGACCAUGUGUCAACGUAUAUUUGUAUACACAAUAACAUUUAAUUUUCUUUUCAUAAGAAGUUCUCACCAGUUUUAUUUACCAGGUUUAGCACCCAUUAAUUACUGUGAAGAAGAUAAAACAACAGGUAAUUGUAAGUCUGAAGUGGAACUUUUUGUAAAUCGCCUUGAUUCAGAUGAAUCUGUAAUUCCAUUUGAAUAUCAUCAUUUUGAUUUCUGUACGGCAUCUGUUGAGGAUUCUCCUGUGGAAAACUUGGGCCAAGUGGUGUUUGGAGAACGAAUUAGACCAUCUUUGUACAAAUUUAAUUUUUUAAAGGAACAGAAAUGGAUUGUUGACAACAUGCCAGUGACUUGGUGCUAUAAUGUUGAAGGAGAGCAGAAGUACUGUUCAACUGGUUUUCCUAUAGGCUGUUAUGUAAAACCAGAUGGAACACCUAAAGAUGCUUGUGUUAUUAAUACUGCAUUCAAUAAACGUGAUACUUACUACCUUUUCAAUCAUGUGGAUAUUGCAAUUACCUACCACAGUGGAGAUGGAGAAACCUGGGGGGUUAAUUUUGGAGAUAAAGGGGGCCGGAUCACUUCUGUGAAGGUUGUACCCAAAAAUAUUAAACAUAGAGGGACAGGUGAAAAAGCUUGUAAUUCUCCUAUUGAACCCAUGGGAAUUCCUGGUAAAAUGAAAAAAAAUGAUACCAUAACUGUGAACUACACUUAUUCUGUUUUUUUUUUGAAGGACAAUAGUGUGAAAUGGUCAUCUAGGUGGGAUUAUAUUCUGGAAUCAAUGCCUCAUACUAAUAUUCAGUGGUUCAGUAUAUUGAAUUCGCUAGUGAUUGUCCUGUUCCUGACUGGCAUGGUUGCUAUGAUUCUUCUUCGUACUCUACAUAAAGAUAUUGCUCGCUAUAAUCAGAUAGACUCUGGGGAUGAUGCCCAGGAAGAGUUUGGCUGGAAGCUAGUGCAUGGUGAUGUUUUUCGUCCUCCUAGGAAAGGAAUGCUUCUUUCUGUAUUCCUAGGCAGUGGAGUUCAGGUGUUCUUCAUGACACUUAUUACUUUAUUUUUUGCCUGUCUUGGUUUUUUGUCUCCUGCUAACAGAGGAGCUUUAAUGACUUGUGCAAUGGUUUUGUACGUGUGUCUAGGCACUCCGGCAGGAUAUAUUUCUGCAAGAAUUUAUAAAAGUUUUAAUGGUGGGAAAUGGAAGUCUAAUGUCCUGUUGACAUCACUUCUCUGUCCAGGACUGGUAUUUGGUUUGUUCUUCAUCAUGAAUCUUAUCCUGUGGGCAAAGGGAAGCUCUGCUGCAGUCCCAUUCACCACUCUGCUUGCUUUGUUGGCUCUUUGGUUUGGAAUUUCUCUGCCUCUCACCUUUGUUGGUGCUUAUUUUGGUUUUAAGAAAAGAACCAUUGAACAUCCAGUACGAACCAAUCAAAUACCAAGACAAAUUCCCGAGCAAUCUGUUUACACCCAGCCUGUGCCAGGAAUUAUUAUGGGAGGCAUUCUUCCAUUUGGAUGCAUCUUCAUUCAGUUGUUCUUUAUCCUGAAUAGUAUUUGGUCCAGCCAGAUGUAUUACAUGUUUGGAUUUCUGUUCCUUGUCUUUAUCAUUUUGAUCAUUACUUGCUCUGAAACAACAGUUUUACUGUGUUAUUUCCAUUUGUGUGCAGAGGACUACCACUGGUGGUGGCGUUCUUUUCUAACUAGUGGCUUCACAGCAGUCUACCUGUUUGUGUACUGCAUUCAUUAUUUUAUAACCAAGUUGAACAUCACUGGUUUCACCUCAACAUUCUUGUAUUUUGGCUACACUUUUAUUAUGGUUUUCCUCUUCUUCUUAUUCACAGGUACUGUUGGAUUUUUUGCCUGUUUUUGGUUUGUGAGAAAAAUCUAUAGUGUGGUAAAGGUUGACUGAAUGUUAAUCAUAUUUAGGGAAAUGGGUAGGUUCAACACACCACAGAAUGAAGCAGUCACACCCUAUUUACUGUCUAUACUGACCCUUUAGAUAAAGCUUGAUAGUGAGAUAAAUGGAACCAUUGACAGUUUAGUGUUAUUUGAAGCUGUGCUUGAUUAUUGUUGCACGGACUUGGAUAACCUAAUGCACUGAAAUGAUAUGGGUGAUGUAUCAUUUAAUAUACAUAUAUAUAUAUCUAUCACCGAAGACCAUGGUCAAAGUGUUUUGUGAUUAAUUGGAAAAGAUAUAAAGUAUUAUGCAACUUCAGCAAACUUGUUUUAAGUACAGUUAUUUUAUAGUUUAUUAUAUAUACAAUAUAUAUAUUGGGUGUUUCAGAAAAAUGUUUCACUGAUUCUGAACUUAUAGGAAACUUGUAAAGAAAAGACCUUAGUAAAUUUAAACAGAAAUUCUCUGUCUGUCAGCAUUUGAAAUUUUUAAUAUCAGAAAAAUGAAAGGUGAAUUUAAGAAACAUAAGCUCAAGAAGCUUGUAGUUUAGUAAUAUUAUCUUUCUUUUAAUAUUUAUCAUUGUAAGAAAAAAACUUAAGAUAAAAAAAAGUUGAUAAACCAUAUAAAAAAAAUUACAGAUGUACCUAUGAUAUAGAUGAAGAGGUUUAUUCAUGACAACUCAGUAUAUUUUAGCAUUACCUGUUUCAGAUGUGUAGGGAAGCACAUUAUGCUAAUACAGUGAUAGGUAAACAAAUAAAAAUUUGUAAGCACAAUCAGUGGAGUAGGAAGGAGUUGUAAAGUGGGGGUGCUUGACUAGACAUGCAGAUUUUACAAUGAGUGUUUGACAGUAUAAGGAGAAGCUAAAAGCAGUUCCCUUGCUGCCAAAGGUAGCUCAAUCUAGGGGAGUCUUGGGGCAUGUUCCCCAGGAAAUUAAUAUGAUACUAUGAUUUACAGUUGAUAUAUAAGUCAAAUAUGUAAAUGUGGGGUGCUACAGCACUCCCAGUUUCAGCACCUCUGACAAUGAUAUUUAGUGUAGAAAUCACUACAUGUUUCAGCAGUAUCUUGGUCAGUCUUCUUCAGGUCUGACAUAAACCUAACCAUACAGGGCUUAUAUACAAAAAAAAAAAAAUAUGGGAAUACAAGGUUUUCUGAUCAAAGGAAUGUUGUCACAUGAGUGUGUUGAAGUUUUGCAAGUGAUGUGUAUAAGGUAAUGAGAUUGCUAGGGCUGGUCAAUUGUAAAGAAUACUAAGAGAGUAUAGGUAUCCAGAGUUUGCUAAAGUUACCAGGACCAUUGUCAUGGUUUAGGGAUGAACCAUCUUUCUGUUAUAAUUUCUAAACAGUCACAUUCUUUUUUAUUAUUGAGUUGAUGUACGAGAAAAAGUUUAUCCCAAAGCAGCCUAUCGCUAGAUAUGAAUUAAUGAAAUUUUAGCUCAAAUUUUUAAAAUUCUUCUUUAUGCAUUUGACCUUUUUGCUGUUUGCAUCAGAUUUUUCAAAGAACAAGAAAUUUGUCCAAUAUGUUUCUUACCACGUUCUCAUGAGAUACUAUGUACACCUUGUGUCUGUUCUUUCUGUAAUACUUAUUUCAAGUUAGGGGUAGCAUGUCUUAGUGUCUUGGACUUGUGGUUGGAUGGUUGUUGGUCCACAUCAUGCUGUUAUGUCCAUGAGCAACACUUACUUUUCCCCACUUGUUCCAAUAUAUCCAAGUGUAUGAUGGUACCAGCUGAUAGCUGAAGAUUUACCUGCAAUGGAUAACCAUUCUCAUCCACUUGAAACUGGAGUUUGAAAGCACCAUUUCUUUGUGCCUUGCAAAGAAUUUGUAAGGAUUUACGUUUUUUACUUAAAGUUAGGUAAUAAGAUGCUUAUCUUAGAGAAAGUUUAGAUAUAAUUUUUACAACAGUUAAUCCAGACGAAAAGGAAUUGAGAGGAAUUUGUCAUGUUUUUUUACAGUCUUGAAGUUUAAUAAAAUUUCUGUCUGUGGUAUUAUGGUUAAAACCUAUAGAUAAUGUUACAUUCUUUUAGUAAUUCAUUGCUCUUUGUAGAUCAUUUUUUGAGUUCAGAAAUGUAUAGGUUGAUUUACUAAGAUAAAGUGACUUUUAAAGUAGGUAGAAGUUUAUUGUGAUGGGAUACUUUUAUCUUAUGUUGUGAUACCCCUGUACAAGACAAACCAAGGUACUGUCAAGACACAUAGUAUGCUUUCUACAAUAUAUGUCAUGUGCUUGCAAAUUGUUUGUUAACUUACUACCAUGUUUUAAUUUGUUUUCAACAGUUAACAUUGUGCAAAAUCUUCUUCUUUUUCCUUUAUAAAGGUAUUAUAAUUAUUUUUGGAUAGAAUUUUUUAUGUUUUUUUUUGUGCUUCUACUAUUGUUAUUUUCAGAAAUAUUCUUCUCAAGUUGCUGUAGAAGAUAAAAGUUGUCUUAUAUUUAAAUAAACAUUUUAAGUUUCUUCAAGCAGUAAUAUUUUACAGUGUCAACUUUCAAAAUUAAUUCUUUCUUAACUUUGGUGCCACAUCAGUAGUCAACAAACUGUUUGCUAGUUUUUUCUAAACAAACCUUAGUUUCCAGUCACAUCAACAAUGGAUUAGUGAGUGUUAGUUUUUAUUUUUAGAGUAUCUUUAAUUAUGAUCCUGUAUUGCUAUAUUUUAAUGAUGUUAUUAUUUGAUUUUAUAAAUACUAAUAUAAAUUAAAAUUCUUCCUGAUAUAAUUAUUAUAUUGAUACAGUUGUUGACCUUUUUAAAAUUAAUUUAGUCAUGGCAUCUGUAUUAAAAAAAUUUUGGAAUGCAACAUCCUUUGCAUGUGAUGUGUGAGCUAGUAAAUAUAAAAUACAACUUUAAGAAUCUUAAAAGCUCAGGUAUAGCUAAUUUUACCAAUACCAUAAUUUAUAGUUGUAAGUCACUCUCUUUAAUAUAUUUGUGUUAUAAAGUCUGUAGUGAUAUGUAUGGCCAGAAGUGAUAUAGUAUUUUUUUGUGUAAUGUUAUUCUUGGAGUGUCUGCUAUGUUUAUCAUAUUUUUACUUGAUGGAAAUUUACUGCACCUGUCAUUGACAGUUAAUUUACCAAUAGUGUUUUUGAGCAUUAAACAUAAUACCCAAUGAUUAGCCAAAGAUUGCUUAAGUUUAUCACCAGGUCUAAUUAAGCUUAUUUUUAUGGAGAAAAACAAAAAACAGUUCUCUGAGAAUUCAAAAAUAUUUCAGUAAAAAUUGUUGUGUUUGAAUUUGCUUUUAAAGUUCACAUAAAAAUGUAUACUAAAUACCGUAUUGGCUUGAUUAUAGAGCCCGAUCUCGAGUAUAAAGCGACUCCCCAUUUUCAGAAACCAUGAGAAAGAAAAAAAAAUGAAUGUUAUAACGUCCAUUAUUGGUCUGCAAAAUCAAUUCUAUAACUGAACAACCUGCAGGUGGAUUAGUUGCAAAAAUUAGAGAUGACCUUGAGCAAACAUCUGGCGCGCAUGCGUAGACGGAUGCUAUCUGGACAUCCAGGAAUGCGACAGACUAGAGUAGAGGGAAGGAGCCUAUGGUCGGCCGCAAUUAUAAGGCGACUAUGCAUUUUACAGCCUAAUUAUUAAUCAACAAACAUCGCCUUAUAAUCGGGCCAAUACGGUAAGUAUAUAUGGAUUUACAUUUUGUACACCUCAAGGUUCUAAUGUUUUUACUCAUUACAUUCAAAUCUGUUUUUUUCGAAAUCAAAGACAGUAACUUGAAUAAGAAUAUGUAAUUUAAAAUAAAGAUAACUGACGUUAAUAAUUUAUCAACAAACUGAUAGGAAACUCAACAAGCCAGGUGUUAUUUGAAUAUAGAGUAUUAUUGUUGUUGUGAAAUUAGUGUAAAACUUCUUCACUGUAGUAUCUCAACUUAAUUUUGCUAUUGAAAUCUAAGGUAUGGAUCCUUUGUAAUGUGUCGAUCUAUAAUAAAACAGUUAUUAAAAA